UGAGGCCAUGAGGACCCCUGGUCCUUAGUACGUGACCUGUUCCUUACUAUCUAAAAGGGUCUCCCCAUCUUCCUUUCAGCCCUGGUAUUCUGAAAUUUCACAAAGUAGUUUCCGGGUCUCUGAAUCCACCACACUAGGGCCACCUCCAAGGUCCCCCAUGGCUCCUCCAGUUUGGACCCUGAUGCUGCUGGUGGGGGCUGCCUGGGGCCAGGAACAAGUGCCUACCCCUGUGUGGAGACAGAACUCUCCAGACGUGGGGCCAAUGGUGACCUCUCCAGACCUGGGGCCCAUGGUGAACUCUCUAGACCUGGGGCCGAUGGUGACCUCUCCUGAUUUGGGGCCUAUGGUGCACGCUUCGAGGGAGGAUUCCAUUCUCUCCAAGUGUGACUUUGAAGACAAUUCCAGACCUCUCUGUGACUGGUCUCAAAUGUCUGCAGAUGAUGGGGACUGGGUUCGGACUACUGGGCCCUCCCUGACUGGCACUUCUGGCCCCCCCGGGGGGUACCCCAAUGGAGAAGGGUAUUACCUGCACAUGGAUCCCAAGACCUUCCCUCGGGGCGGAGUGGCCCGCCUCAUUAGCCCUGUCAUAUGGGAGCAAGGCCCACUUUGCGUUCAUUUUGCCUUCCACAUGUUUGGGCUGUCAUGGGGCGCCCAGCUCAGACUGCUGCUGCUCAGGGGCCGGAGGCACCACCUGCCCUAUGUGCUCUGGAAACACAUGAACACCCAGAGUCUCUCUUGGAUGCCCACCACUGUCACUGUGCCAGCAGAUCAUGAUAUACCAAGCUGGCUGAUGUUUGAAGGCAUGAGGGGAAAUACUGCCUACCUGGACAUCUCUCUGGAUGGCCUCUCUAUCCAGCGGGGUACCUGCAAUCGGAUCUGCAUGUCCCAGAUGUGCACCUUUGAUACUCUAAAUGAUCUCUGUGGCUGGAGCUGGAUCCCAACUGCCACUGGGGCUAAGUGGACCCAGAAGAAGGGAUCGACAGGGAAGCCGGGUGUGGGGCCUGCUGAAGACUUCUCAAACCCUGGUAAUGGCUACUACAUGCUCCUGGACUCUAUGAAUGCAAGGCCGGGACAGAAAGCUGUUCUUCUGAGUCCCCUGAGCCACUCCAGUGGCUGUCUGACCCUGUCUUUCUACUACAUAAUGCGUGGCCAGGAACAAGAAGAAGGCCUUUUCGUCUAUGCUACAUUUUUGGGCAACAUCCGGAAACACACUCUCUUCUCAGGACACCCUGGACCUGACUGGCAGGCUGUGUCUGUCAAUUACACAGGACAGGGACAGAUGCAGUUCAUGGUGGUAGGUGUCUUUGGAAAUAACCCAGAGCCAGCAAUAGCUGUGGAUUCCAUCAGCAUUGGUCCCUGUGGGGAGAGCUUUCCCCAGUGCGACUUUGAAGACAGAGCUCAUCCUUUCUGUGACUGGAACCAGGUGUAUGGAGACAUCGGACACUGGAGCUGGGGAAGUAAAAGUGUACCCACCCCCAUCUCAGGGUCCCAAAGAGAGUUCCCAUAUGGAGGGAAGCAUUACAUUUUCUUCGAUUCAGUCAAGUUAUCCCAGGAGGGGCAGUCUGCCAGAUUGGUGAGUCCACCGUUCUGUGCCCCUGGGGACAUCUGUGUGGAGUUUGCUUACCAUAUGUAUGGCCUUGGGAAAGGUACCACACUCAAGCUCCUGCUGGGGAGUCCAGCGGGGAGUUCUCCAAUUCUUUUGUGGAACCGCAUGGGGUCUCAGAGUUCUGGCUGGAUGAACAGCUCCGUCACCAUCCCUAAAGGACACCAGCAGCCCAUGCAGCUGUUUAUUGAGGCCACCCGGGGCACCAGCAGUGCCUUUGUUGUUGCUCUGAACUUCAUCUUGAUCAGUCAUGGACCAUGUCGGGUAUUGCUGCAGACAGAGAUUCCUUCCAGUCCUCUGCUUCCACCUACUGGCCCUUCCGAACCUACUGUUCCUAUGAUUCCCAUGGAAGAGGCCACAAUCCCCACAGAAACAGCCACUAUCUCCAUAGAAGUGAACAACGUCUCUCCUGAAGAGACCAGUGUCCCCUCUGAGGAGACCAUCCCUACAGAAGUUACCACUGCAUCUCCUGAAGAGAUCAUUCUCCCCACAGACGUGACCACUUCCCCCAUAGAAAUAACUACUGUUCUCCAUGAAGAGACCCCUGUCCCUACAGAAUUAACAGCAGCCCACAUGGAAGCGACCAAUGCCUCUCUUGAAGAGACCAGUGUCCCCCCUGAGGAGACCACUCUCCCUACAGAAGUGACCACUGUCCUUCCUGAAGAGACCACUCUCCCUCCUGAAGAGACCACUCUCCCUCCUGAAGAGACCACCAUCCCUACAGAAGUGACCACUGUCCCUCCUGAGGAGACCACUGUCCCUACAGAAGUGACCACUGUCCCUCCUGAAGUGACCACUGUCCCUCCUGAAGAGACCACUCUCCCUACAGAAGUGACCACUGUCCCUCCUGAGGAGACCACUGUCCCUCCUGAAGUGACCACUGUCCCUCCUGAAGUGACCACUGUCCCUCCUGAGGAGACCACCAUCCCUACAGAAGUGACCACUGUCCCUCCUGAAGAGACCACUAUCCCUACAGAAGUGACCACUGCCCCUCCUGAAGAGACCACCAUCCCUACAGAAGUGACCACCAUCCCUACAGAAAUGACCACUGUUCCUCCUGCCAGCAUCCCUCCUGAGGAGACCACUGCCCCUCCUGAAGAGACCACCAUUCCUUCUGAAGAGACCACUGUCUCCACUCAAGAGACUACUCUCCCUACAGAGCAAUCUACUGUCACUCAGACAUCCACAGCAUGUAGACCACCCUGUCCAAGUCCUCCACUCAUGCCUAUUAGACCAAGCCUUUCAAAGCCUCCAGGUGUCUCAAUGACCGGCAUGACCCUAACUACAGGUGUUUCUACCACAGAGAGCUGCCCUCCAAAUGCCCACUUAGAAUCGUGUGCAUGCCCAGCAUCCUGUGAAAGCCCCAAGCCCAGCUGCCCGCCCCCCUGCGUUCCUGGCUGUGUCUGCAAUCCUGGGUUUUUGUUUAGUAACAAGCAAUGUAUCAAUGAGUCUUCCUGCAAUUGCCUCUACAAUGAAAAGUACUACAAGCCUGGGGAAGAAUGGUUCACUCCCAAUUGCACAGAGCGGUGCCACUGCUUGCCUGGUAGCCUGAUGGAGUGCCAGAUCUCUCAGUGUGGGACACACACUGUAUGCCAGCUGAAGAGUGGCCAGUACCAGUGUGAGCCCUACGGUAAGGCCACCUGCCUGGUCUAUGGGGACCUUCAUUUUGUCACCUUUGAUGAGAGGCACAUUGAUUUCACGGGGACAUGUACCUAUAUCUUGACCCAAACCUGCAACAACUCCACAGGCCCAUUCUUUAAGAUAACAGCAAACACUGAAGAACGUGGAGUAGAAGGUGUGUCCUGCCUGGACAAAGUUGUCAUCACUCUGCCAGAGACUACCGUUACCAUGAUCAGUGGCAGACACACACUGGUUGGGGAUCAGGAAGUCACCCUUCCAGCCAUACCUUCUGACAACACCUAUGUGGGUCUGAGUGGGCGAUUUGUGGAGCUGAGGACGACGUUUGGUUUGAGAGUGAGAUGGGACGGUGACCAGCAGCUUUUUGUGACUGUGUCCAGUACCUACUCGGGCAAACUCUGUGGUUUCUGUGGGAACUAUGACGGGGACAGCAGCAAUGACAACCUGAAGUUAGAUGGCAGGAUGACGCAAGAUGAGGAGGAGCUGGGCCUGAGCUGGCAUGUGGAAAUGGAAGAGGACAAGGAGUGUCAGGAGAAGAAGAAUCUGCUACCGUGUGACCCUGCUUUGGGGAGCACUAUGUCGGGACCCAAGUUCUGUGGACAGCUUGUCGACCCAAGCGGACCCUUUGAGGCAUGCCUGCUCCACCUGAAGGCCUCAUUCUUCCUGGACAACUGUGUGACUGACAUGUGUAGCUUCCAGGGUCUCCAGCAGAAGCUCUGUGCUCAUAUGUCAGCCAUGACGGCCACCUGCCAGGAUGCUGGCUAUCCUGUGAGGCCCUGGAGGGAACCCCAGUUCUGCCCCUUGGUCUGCCCUAAAAAUAGCAGGUACUCCCUAUGUGCCAAGCCAUGCCCGGACACCUGCCAUCCUAGAUCUACUACCCAGAUUUGCUCAGAUAACUGUGUGGAAGGCUGCGAGUGUGACCCUGGCUUCAUCCUCAGUGGUUCUGAGUGUGUCCCUUCAGCCCAGUGUGGGUGCACCAACCUCCAGGGGCGUUACUUCAAGGUACAUGAGCAGUGGUUUAAUCCAGACUGCAAGGAGCUCUGCACUUGUGAAAGCCACAACAACAUUCUCUGCAAGCCCUGGACGUGUAAGGCUCAGGAGGCCUGUAGCCAUAGGAAUGGCGUACUAGGCUGCCAUGCCCAAGGUGCAGCCACCUGCAUUGCGUCUGGCGACCCUCACUACCUAACAUUCGAUGGAGCUUUGCAUCACUUCAUGGGCACCUGCACUUAUGUACUGACCCAGCCUUGCUGGUCCAAAUCUCAAGAGAACAACUUUGUCGUGAGCGCCACCAAUGAGAUACGUGAUGGUAACUCGGAAGUCUCCUACAUCAAAGCUGUUCACGUGCAGGUCUUUGACCUCAAAAUCUCCCUGUUCAAAGGUCGAAAGGUUGUGCUGAACAACCAAAGGGUGGCAUUACCCGUGUGGUCUUCGAAAGGACGAGUGACCAUUAGGUUGAGUGGCAUCUUUGUCCUGCUCUACACGAACUUUGGGCUUCAAGUUCGAUAUGAUGGAAGGCAUCUGGUGGAGGUGACAGUGCCUUCCUCGUAUACUGGCUCACUCUGCGGGCUGUGUGGGAACUACAACAAUAACAGUAUGGAUGAUGAUCUUCAUACAGACAUGAAGCCAGCAGUCAACUUACUUCUGCUGGGAGCUACUUGGAAAAUCCUUGAAGCCUCUGAUCCUGGUUGCCUCCUAGUUGGGGGCAAGCCUUCCAGCUGCGCAGAGAGCAACAUGGACGACGCCUGGACUGAAAACUGUGCCAUCUUGAUGAACCCUCUUGGGCCUUUCUCCAAUUGCCACGAGGCGGUGCCCCCGCAGGCCAGCUUCUCCAGUUGUGUGUAUGGCCAGUGUGAAACCAACGGAGACAACCUAACCCUCUGCCACUCCCUGCAGGCCUACGCAUCUCUGUGUGCCCAGGCUGGCCAGGUGACUACCUGGCGCAACAGCACCUUCUGCCCUCUGAAGUGCCCACCCAAGAGCAGUUACAACCCAUGUGCCAACUCCUGCCCAGCCACCUGCUUUACCCUAAGCACCCCAAGAGACUGCCCAAUGCUGCCCUGUGUAGAGGGCUGUGAAUGCCAGCGUGGCCACAUCCUGAGUGGAACCACCUGUGUGCCCCUCAGACAGUGUGGCUGCAGUGACCAGGAUGGCUCCUACCACCUGUUGGGGGAGAGCUGGUACACAGAGAAGACCUGCACCACCCUCUGCACAUGCUCAGUCCACAACAACAUCACCUGCAGCCCAACGUCCUGUGAGGCCAACCGGGUGUGUUUGCGCCAGGAAGGGCUGCUGCACUGCGCUGCAGAGAUGGGAGAGUGUCACAUCUCAGAGGAUUCCCAGAUUGUGAGCUUUGAUGAUCAUAGCCAUCCUAUUCAAGACACAUGUACUUACGUCUUGGUCAAAGUGUGCCACCCCAGCAUGGACCUGCCUUUCUUCACGAUCAGCGCCAAGACCAACAUAAACAACGGCAAAAACAAGACUUUCCAUGUCUAUCAGGUGUACAUUGACAUCUUCAACUCCCACAUCACUCUUCAGAAAGACCAUUUAGUCCUCAUCAACGACUCAGUGGUCAUCCUUCCCACCACCACCCAGAUCCCAGGAGUCAGUGUCGUGGCUGAAGAUGUUUAUACCAUUGUCACAAUUAAGGAUGAAAUUCAAGUCAAGUUUGAGAGCAAUAAUUUCUUAGAUGUCAAAAUCCCUGCAUCCUCUAGUGGGAAGGUCUGCGGCGUGUGUGGCAAUUUCAACGGUGAAGAGGAGGAUGAGCUCAUGACACCCAGUGAUGAGUUAGCUGAGGAUGAGCAGGAAUUCAUGAACAGCUGGAAAGAUAAGAACAUUGACGCAAAUUGCCAGAAAAUGGAAGAGCAGAACAUCCAAGUGGAACAGGAGGAGAUCAUGAAUGGAAAAUGCAGGCCCGCUGACUUUGAGAAAGCCCAGGGAAUCUGCCUGACUGCCCUCCAGGGUCCUGCCUGGGCCCAUUGUUCCUCCGGGGUACCCGUCAGGCCCUUCUUGCUGAAGUGUAUGAACAGCUUCUGUGAAUUCAGAGAACUCUUCCGUGCUCUUUGUGAUGCUCUGCAGUCCUUUGAAGAUACCUGCCAGAACCAGGGGCUUAAGCCACCCAUCUGGAGGAACAGCAGCUUCUGCCCUCUGGAGUGCCCAGCUCACAGUCACUACACCAACUGCCUUCCCUCCUGUCUACCUUCCUGCUCGGACCCAGACAGCCGCUGUGAGGGCUCUGGCCACAAAGUCCCCACCACCUGCAAGGAGGGCUGCAUCUGUCAACCUGACUAUGUGCUGAAAAAUGACAAGUGUGUGCUCAAAGCUCAUUGUGGCUGCAAAGACGCCCAGGGUGUCUACAUUCCGGAAGGCAAGAACUGGAUCUCCAGUAACUGUGCCCAGAACUGUGUCUGCAUUGGAGGGACCAUUGAGUGCCAGAAUUUCCAGUGUCCCUCAGGAGCUCAGUGCCAGGACAAUGAAGAGGGCAGCGGUAACUGUGUCGAAAUAAUUGUGCAGUGCCCAGCCCACAGCAUUUACACCAACUGCCUUCCCCCGUGUCCUCCUACCUGCUCCGACCCGGAUGGCCACUGUGAGGGCAUAAGCCCCAACAUCCCUUCCACUUGCAAAGAAGGCUGCCUCUGCCACCCUGGCUUUGUGCUUGACAAGGACAAGUGUGUACCCAGAAUUGAGUGUGCCUGCAAAGACACCCAGCAUGCCUUCAUCUUAGCAGGCAAGACUUGGAUAUCCAAAGACUGUACCCAGAGCUGUACCUGCAUGAAAGGGACCGUGACGUGCCAGGAUUUCCAGUGUCCCCCAGGGACAUACUGCAAGAACAGCAAUGAUGGUGGCAGUGACUGUGUCAAAAUCUUAGCUCUGCAGUGCCCUGCCCACAGCCAGUUCACAGACUGCCUGCCCCCCUGUCAUCCGUCCUGCUCCGACCCGGACAGCCACUGUGAGGGCAUCAGCCCCAAAGCCCACUCUGACUGCAAAGAGGGCUGCAUGUGUCAACCUGGCUAUGUGCUGCAUAACGACAAGUGUGUACUCAAAAUUGAGUGUGGCUGCCAAGACACCCAGGGUGGCUUCAUCCCUGCAGGCAAGAACUGGACCUCCAGAGGCUGUUCCCAGAGCUGUAACUGCAUGGAAGGGAUCAUUCGAUGCCAGAAUUUCCAGUGUCCCUUAGGGACUUACUGCCAGGAUCUUGAGGAUGGCACCAAUAACUGUGCCAAUAUCACUCUGCAGUGCCCCGCCCACAGCAGCUUCACCCACUGUCUACCUUCUUGUCAGCCUUCCUGCUUGGACCCAGAAGGCCACUGUGAGGGCUCCACCACCAAAGACCCCUUCGCCUGCACGGAGGGCUGUGUCUGUGAGCCUGACUAUGUGCUGCUUAACGACAAGUGUGUGACCAGAAUUGAGUGUGGCUGCAAAGACGCUCAGGGUGUCUUCAUCCCCGCAGAUAAGACUUGGAUCAACAGGGGCUGUAUGCAGAGCUGUUCCUGCAUGGGAGGGGCCAUCCAGUGCCAGAAUUUCCAGUGUCCCUCGGGGACUUACUGCAAGGACCUCGAGGCUGGCAGCAGUAACUGCACCAGUAUCCCUCUCCAGUGCCCUGCCCACAGCCACUACACCAACUGCCUUCCACCCUGUCAGCCCUCCUGCUCAGACCCCGAUGGCCACUGUGAGAGUUCUGGUAACAAAGCCCCCUCCGCCUGCACGGAGGGCUGUGUCUGUGAACCUGGCUAUGUCCUCGGUAACGACAAGUGUGUGCCCAGAAUUGAGUGUGGCUGCAAAGACGUCCAGGGUGUUCUCAUCCCUGCAGAUACGACCUGGAUCAACAGAGGUUGUACUCAGAGCUGCACCUGCAAGGGAGGGGCCAUCCAGUGCCAGAGCUAUCACUGUCCCUCAGGGACUUACUGCAAUGAUACGGAGGAUGACAACAGUAACUGUGCCACAAUCACUCUGCAGUGCCCCGCCCACAGCAGCUUCACCCACUGUCUACCUUCUUGUCAGCCUUCCUGCUUGGACCCAGAAGGCCACUGUGAGGGCUCCACCACCAAAGACCCCUUCGCCUGCAAGGAGGGCUGUGUCUGUGAGCCUGACUAUGUGCUGCUUAACGACAAGUGUGUGACCAGAAUUGAGUGUGGCUGCAAAGACGCUCAGGGUGUCUUCAUCCCCGCAGAUAAGACCUGGAUCAACAGAGGCUGUACUCAGACCUGUACCUGCAUGGGAGGGACCAUCCAGUGCAGGAAAUUUCAGUGUCCCUCAGAGACUUACUGCCAGGACAUCGAGGAUGGCAACAGUAACUGCACCAGAAUCUCUCUGCAGUGCCCAGCCAACAGCAACUUCACCAACUGCCUUCCUUCUUGUCAACCUUCCUGCUCUGAUGUGGAUGUCCACUGUGAGGAAUCCAGCCCCAAAGCCCCCUCUUCCUGCAAGGAGGGCUGCGUCUGUCAAUCUGGCUAUGUGUUGCAUAACAACGAGUGUAUACUCAGAAAUCAGUGUGGCUGCAAAGAUGCCCGGGGUGCCCUCAUCCCAGAAGGCAAGACCUGGAUCACUAGGGGCUGUACACAGCGCUGUAACUGCGCGGGAGGGGCCAUCCAAUGCCAGAAUUUCCAGUGUCCCUCGGAGACUUACUGCAAGGACCUCGAGGAUGGCAGCAGUAACUGCACCAGUAUCCCUCUGCAGUGCCCGGCCCAUAGCCGCUACACCAACUGCCUUCCGUCCUGUCCACCCUCGUGCUUGGAUCCUGAGGGCCUCUGUGAGGGCACCAGCCCUAAAGUUCCCUCCACCUGCAAGGAGGGCUGUGUCUGCCAACCUGGCUACCUGAUGCAUAAAAAACAGUGCGUGCUCAGAAUCUUCUGCGGCUGCAAAGACACUCAAGGUGCCCCCAUCUCGGCAGACAAGACAUGGCUCUCCAGAGGCUGUACCCAGGCCUGUACCUGCUCAGCAGGGACCAUUCGCUGCAGGAAUUUCAAGUGUCCCUCAGGAACCUACUGCAAGAAUGGGGAUAAUGGCAGUCCCAACUGCACCGAAAUCACUCUGCAGUGCCCAACCAACAGCCAAUUCACAGACUGCCUUCCCUCCUGUCUACCUUCUUGCUCCAACCACUGUGAGGUCACCAGCCCCGGCAUCCCUUCCAGCUGCAAGGAGGGAUGUCUCUGCAACCAUGGCUUUGUGUUCAGUGAGGACAAAUGUGUGCCCAGAACUCAGUGUGCCUGUAAAGACGCCCGGGGUGCCAUCAUCCCGGCAGGCAAGACCUGGACCUCCAAAGGCUGUACCCAGAUCUGUGCCUGCGUGGAAGGCGAUAUCCAAUGCCAGAAUUUUCAGUGUCCUCCAGAGACCUACUGCAAGGACAAUGAUGACGGCAGCAAUACUUGCACCAAAAUCGCUCUCCAGUGCCCGGCCCACACCCAGUACACCAAGUGCCUUCCCUCCUGCCUGCCCUCCUGCUUGGACCCAGAAGGCCUCUGCAAACACAUCAGUCCUAAAGUCCUCUCCUCCUGCAAGGAGGGCUGCAUGUGCCAAUCUGGCUACGUGCUGAACGGUGACGAGUGUGUCCCCAGGGUUGAAUGUGGCUGCAAAGACACCGAGGGUGAUCUCAUCCCGGCUGGCAAGACCUGGACCUCCCCAGGCUGUACCCAGAGCUGUGUCUGCAUGGGAGGAGCUAUUCAGUGCCAGAAUUCCCAGUGUCCCCCAGGGACGUACUGCAAGGACAAUGAAGAUGGCAGCAGUAACUGUACCAAAAUAAGUAAAGCUCUGCAUUGCCCAGCCUACAGCCUAUUCACCAACUGCCUUCCCUCCUGUCUGCCUUCCUGCUUGGACCCUGAUGGCCUCUGUAAGGGAGCCAGUCCCAAAGUCCCCUCCACUUGCAAGAAGGGCUGUGUCUGUCAAUCUGGCUACGUACUGAGUAACGCCAAGUGUAUACCCAGAAACCAGUGUGGCUGCAGAGAUGCCCACGGUGCUCUCAUCCCAGAAGACAAGACCUGGGUCUCCAGAGGCUGUACCCAGAGCUGUAUCUGCAUAGGAGAAACCAUCAAGUGCCUGCGUUUCCAGUGUCCGCCUGGGAUGUACUGCAGGGACAAUGAAGAUGGCAGCAGUAACUGUCUAAAGUGUCCAGCCAACAGCAGCUACACGAACUGCUCUCCUCCCUGUCCACCUUCUUGCUUGGACCCAAAGGGCCGCUGUAAAGGCCGUGACCCCAGACCCCCCUCCACCUGCACGGAAGGGUGCCUCUGCCACCCUGGCUUUGUGCUUGACAGGAAAAAGUGUGUGCCCAAAAAUGAGUGUAGCUGCAAAGAUGCACAGGGCACUCUCAUUCCAGCUGGCAAGACCUGGACCUCCCCAGGCUGUACCCAGAGCUGUACCUGCGUGAGAGGGGCUGUUCGGUGCUGGAAUUUCCAGUGUCCCCCAGGGAUGUACUGCAAGGACAAUGAAGAUGACAGCAGUAACUGUACCAAAAUAACUCUGCAGUGCCCAGCCCACAGCCUCUACACCGACUGCCUUCCCACCUGUCUCCCCUCCUGCUUGGACCCCAAUGCCUUCUGUGGGGGCACCAGCCCUAAAGUCCCCUCUACUUGCAAGGCGGGCUGCAUCUGUGAACCUGGCUAUGUGCUGGAUAAAGACAAGUGUAUUCUUAAAAUUGAGUGUGGCUGCAGAGACGCCCAGGAUGCUGUCAUUCAGGCUGGCAAGACCUGGAUCUCCUCAGGUUGUACCCAGAGGUGUGCCUGCGUGGAAGGGGUCAUUCAGUGCGAGGAUUUCCAGUGUCCCCCAGAGACGUACUGCAACAUCGACAAUAACUGUGAAAAAAUACCUCUGCAGUGCCCAGCCCACAGCCACUUCACCAGCUGCCUUCCCUCCUGUCCACCCUCCUGUUCCAACCUGGAUGGCCGCUGUGAGCAGACCAGCCCCAAAUUCCCCUUCGUCUGCAAGGAGGGCUGCAUCUGUCAAUCUGGCUACUUCCUGAAUAAGGACAAGUGUGUACUUCAGAAUCACUGUGACUGCAAGGAUGCUGAGGGUGGCCUGAUUCCGGCUGGCAAGACCUGGACCUCCCCAGGCUGUACCCAGAGCUGUACCUGCGUGGAAGGGACUGUUCAGUGCCGUAAUUCCCACUGUCCCCCAGGGACAUACUGCAAGGACAACGAAGAUGGCAGCAGUAACUGCACCAAAAUUUCUCUGCAGUGCCCUGCUCACAGCCACUUCACCGACUGCCUUCCUGCCUGUCUACCUUCCUGUUCCAAUCUGAAUGGCAGCUGCGUGGAGUCCAGCUCCAGAGCUUCCUCUCUCUGCAAGGAGGGCUGUAUCUGUCAACCUGGCUACUUGUUAAAUAACAAUAAGUGUGUGCUCCGAAUUCAGUGUGGCUGCAAAGACUCCCAGGGUGGCCUCAUUCCCGCAGGCAGGACGUGGAUCUCCAGUGACUGUUCUAUGACCUGUAACUGCCUGGGAGGGGCCAUCCAGUGCAGGAAUUUCCAGUGUCCCCCAGGGACUUACUGCAAGGAGAACAAUGAUAACACCAGUGCCUGUGCCAAACUCUCUCUUCAGUGUCCCGCCCACAGCCACUACACAGACUGCCUUCCCGCAUGUCAGCCUUCCUGUACUGAUCUGGAUGGCCACUGUGAGGAUGCCAGUCCCAAAGUCCCAUCUCCCUGCAAGGAGGGCUGCCUCUGUCAACCUGGCUACGUGGUGCAUAAUCAGAACUGUGUGCUCCAAAUUCACUGUGGCUGCAGAGAUGCCCAGGGUGGCCUCAUCCCGGCAGGCAAGACCUGGAUCUCCAGUGACUGCUCCCAGAGCUGUACCUGCAUGGGAGGGACUGUCCAGUGUCACAACUUCACCUGCCCCCCAGGGACUCAGUGCCAGAACAGUAACUGUUCCAAAAUCACUAUACAGUGCCCAGCCCACAGCCAGUACACCACCUGUCUUCCCUCAUGUCUACCAUCCUGCUUUGACCCAGAAGGCCUCUGUGAGGGCACCAGCCCAAGAGCCCCCUCCACCUGCAAGGAGGGCUGUGUCUGUAAAUCUGGCUACGUGCUCAAUGAGGACACGUGUGUGCUCAGAAUUCAGUGCAGCUGCAAGGAUGCCCAUGGUGAUCUCAUCCCGGCAGACAAGACCUGGCUCACCAGAGGCUGUACCCAAAACUGUACCUGCAAAGAAGGGGACAUUCAUUGCCAGAAUUUCAAGUGUCCCUUGGGGACUGAAUGCAAGGACAGUGUUGAUGGCAGCAGUAACUGUGCCAAAAUUGCUCUGAAAUGCCCAGCCCACAGCCACCACACCGACUGCCUUCCCUCCUGUAUCCCAUCCUGCUCCAACAUGAAUGACCGCUGUGAGAGUGCCAGCCCCAAAAGCCCCUCUACCUGCAUAGAAGGUUGCCUCUGCCACGCUGGCUUUGUGUUCAAUAAGGACAAGUGUGUACCCAGAACUCAGUGUGGCUGCAAAGACUCCCAGGGUACCCUCAUUCCGGCGGGUAAGGACUGGAUUGCUACAGGCUGUUCCCAGAGAUGCACCUGCAUGGGAGGACUUGUUCAGUGCCACGACUUUGCGUGCCCCUCAGGAACCGAGUGCCAGGACAUCGAGGAUGGCAACAGUAACUGUGUUGAAAUCACUGUGCAGUGCCCGGCCCACAGUCGCUACUCCAACUGCCUCCCACCCUGUCAGCCUUCCUGCUCAGACCCUGAUGGCCACUGUGAGGACACCAGCCCCAAAGCCUCCUCGGCCUGCAAGGAGGGCUGUGUCUGUGAACCUGACUAUGUGCUGAGUUACGACGACGACAGAUGUGUGCUCAGCAGUGAGUGUGGCUGCAAGGACACCCAUGGCGUUCUCGUCCAGGAGGGCAAGACCUGGGUCUCCAGGGGAUGUACCAAGAACUGCAUCUGCAAGGAAGGGACUAUUCAAUGUCACGACUUCGGAUGCCCAACAGGGUCCCGUUGCAAGGACAAUAAAGAGGGCAACAGUGACUGUGUCAUCUACGCUCUGCAGUGCCCAGCCCACAGCCUCUACACCGACUGCCUCCCCUCCUGUCUCCCUUCCUGCUCGGACCCAGAGGGCCUCUGUGGGGGCGCCAGCCCUGAAGUUCCCUCCACCUGCACGGAAGGCUGUGUCUGUCAAUCUGGCUAUGUGCUGCAUAAAAACAAAUGUAUGCUUAGAAUGCACUGUGACUGCAAAGACUUCCAGGGCGGCCUCAUCCAGACCGGCCAGACAUGGAUCUCUUCCGGGUGUUCCAAGAUCUGUGCAUGCCAGGGAGGGUUCAUUCAGUGCCAAAGUUACAAAUGCCCCUCGGGGACCCAGUGCGAGGAGAGCGAAGAUGGCAGCAAUAACUGUGUCUCCAGCACUGUGAAGUGCCCAGACAACAGCCUUUACACCCACUGCCUUCCCUCCUGUCUACGUUCCUGCUCCAAUCCUGACGGCCGCUGUGAGGGCACCAGCCACAAAGCCCCCUCCACCUGCAGGGAGGGCUGUGUCUGUCGACCUGACUACCUGCUCAAUAAGGACACGUGUGUGCGCAAAGACCAGUGUGGCUGUAAAGAUAUCAGGGGUGACGUCAUCCCUGAAGGCAAGACCUGGAUCUCCAGUGGCUGCACCCAGAGCUGUGCCUGCACUGACGGGGUCAUCCAGUGCCAGAAUUUCGUCUGCCCGUCAGGGUCCCACUGCCAGCACAACGAGGAUGGCAGCAGUGACUGUGCCGCCAACAAACUGGAAAAAUGUACCAUCUUUGGGGACCCCUAUUACUUCACGUUUGAUGGCGUCACUUACCGCUUCCUGGGUCGUAUGAACUACUAUCUCAUAAAGACUGUGGACAAGCUCCCAAAAGGGAUUGAGCCCCUGACCCUGGAGGGGCGCAACAAGAUAUCCCCCAAAGGGAGCUCAGCCUUGUGUGAAGUGACCACCAUCGUCUAUGGCUAUAAAAUCCAGCUCCAAGAAGACCUGGUGGUGUUGGUCAACAAUGAAAAGGUGGCGAUCCCCUACAGUCUAAACGAGCACCUGUGGGUCAUCUUUCGCGCUCAGCGGCUGCUUCUCAUCACUGACUUUGAAAUGGUGGUGGACUUUGAUGGGAAGCACACUGCAGUGAUCUCCUUGCCUACCACAUACCGUGGACUGAUACGGGGCCUGUGUGGAAACUAUGACAAGGACCAAGCCAAUGAAUUCAUGUUGCCCAGUGGAGAGGUCACCUCAGAUGUCCAUGUCUUUGGCAACAGUUGGGAGGUGAAGUUGAAGCAUGCCUUCUUCCGAUUCCCAAGGGCCAUACCAGAAAAGGGAAGAGCCAAAGAGCCUGACCUUCUCCAAUCAGAAUGCAGCCCAGAGCACACCGCGCUCAUCAGCAGCACCCAGGCCUGUAGGGUGCUUGUGGAUCCGCAGGGCCCCUUUGCUGCAUGUCACCAGAUUAUAGCCCCAGAACCCUUCGAACAGCGCUGUGUGUCAGAUAUGUGCACUGGCUGGAAGACCAAAGAAGAAGAGGAACUUCGAUGUCGUAUCCUCAGUGGCUAUGCCAUCAUUUGCCAGGAGGCAGGUGCCAACAUGACUGGUUGGCGGGACCAUACACACUGUGCCAUGACAUGUCCUGCCAAUACUGUGUAUCAGCGCUGCAUGACACCCUGCCCAGCAUCCUGUGCCAAAUUUGUGACCCCCAAGGUCUGUGAAGGCCCCUGCGUAGAAGGCUGUGCCAGCCUCCCAGGCUACAUUUACAGUGACACGAAGAGCCUCCCAGUGACGCACUGUGGCUGCACCACCGAUGGCGUCUAUUACAAGCUGGGUGACAGCUUUAUAACUAACGACUGCUCCCAGCACUGUACCUGUGCAAGCCAGGGGAUCCUGCUGUGUGAGCCCUAUGGCUGCAGAGCUGGGGAGUCCUGCGUGGUGGCCAACUUUACUCGAGGCUGCUUCCAGGACAGCCCGUGUCUGAAGAACCCCUGUCACAAUGAUGGCCAGUGUGAGGAGCAAGGGGCCACUUUCGUCUGCCACUGUGAUUUUGGUUAUGGAGGAGAAUUCUGCACAGAGCCUCAAGAUAUCACAUCCAGGAAAAAGCUAGAAGCAUCCAGCUUAGUGGCCAUCCUGCCAGGAGUGCUUGUGAUGGUGUUAGUCCCGGUCUUACUGCCCAGACUUUAUGUUUACGUGACAACAAGAACUGCCAUGGCAAGGAGGAGGAGAGGGGAGAAACUGUUGAGACAAAGUAGUCUUAGGCUGGAGGACACAGAUGUUCCAGAGCCCGCCUUCAAACCCACCGAGUUCUGAGUUGUCCUCAAACAGAGAAAAAUAGUUUAUUUUUUUAAAUAC